AUGAAGCUUCGGGUUCUCCUGCUUUGCCUCUGGCGCUGGGCUUCUUCGGCCAAGCUCCGAGGGGCCAGCGGACAAAGCGAGACCAGUGUGUGCACCGGGAACCAGUUUCCCUUGGAUGCUGACGGCGACUACCACGCCACCGGCCUGUCGCGAGGUGAGGAUUUGUUCAAUGCAAAGGACCUUGCAGCUUUCCAGGAAGGUUUGAAGACAAGACCGGACUGGGCAGUUCCCGUGGCGUGGCAUCUCAGCGCAACGGUGAACAGCAGCAUCAAAGAGCCGAUAAAGUUUGGCUUCGCCGGCAGUGGUGGGUUCUUGAUGGUCACAGUUCCUGCUGAAGCAGCAGGUGUCGAAGUUGAAGCAACUGGCCGCGUCGCAGCCGGUGCAUCUGAUGCCAGCUUCCAGUACCGGGAUGGACCCAAGGUUCUCAAUGGCGACGUCAUUUUCACGAACUUCUGUCUCAGACCGCGGCGAUGCGAAGAGAAGGAGUUCUGUGGCCAGGGAUGGGAGCCUAAACCUCCCAAGACGGUCGGCAACAGCAGGCUCGAGUGUUGCGACGCUAUCGCCUGCAAAGACGCCAAGGAGGUAGAUGGCUGCAGCAGCACUGCUUGGAAGCAGAAGGCCAACUUCGACGAGCUGAAAGGCUACACCAAAGACCAUUGUUGCCAGCCUCUCCUCUGCGACGCGAAGAUCUGCGGCCCAGGUUUCAAGGCCAAGAAUGCCACGGGCCUGCAAGGCAGCACGACAGACGAAUGCUGCGAGCCGGCGUACUGCCACGAGAUGAAAUGCCCAUCUUCUACGCAGUACACCCUCCUCGAGCAUGACGACGACGGAAAGCCCCGGCGCGGCAGCACGGUGAAAGAGUGCUGCAAGGAAGCCAAGUGCACGGCUCUGGACUGUGGGAAGAGUCCCAACCUUGCGUGGCGAAACAAGACCUCCCCAGACGGACUGGGCAGCACAUUCCUGGAGUGUUGUGACAAGAACUUAUGCGCUGACUUCACCUGCGCGCCGUCCAGCCAGUGGAAGCCGAAGAAUCUUCCGAAGCUUCAGGGCGGAAGCAACGAGGCCUGCUGUCAGCCCCUGAUGUGCAGGGCUCACACUUGCCAGGAUCCGAAGCAGACGGUCCCACGACUUGCUGAUGGUAGCCCCUCCCUGGCGCUGGGGAGCACGGAUGAGGAGUGCUGUGAGCUGAAGCUGUGCAAAGACUAUACCUGCAGUGAUGCCACGAAGUGGUCCAUGAAGCCCCUGAUGGAGGAUGGCAGUCCCAGGAAGGGCUUUGACGACGAGACUUGCUGCGAGGAGAUCUUCUGCGAGAACUCCAUCGACUGCGAGAGAGCCGAUGGAGGCAAGUGGCGCUCGAAGACUCCAGAGGCUCUGGUUGGACUGCAAGGCAGCAACACGCAGCAGUGCUGCGAAGCAAACCAUUGCGCCGAUUAUACUUGCAGCACGGAUUCGCAGGGAACUGGCCACGGGACGAAAUGGUACAAGAAGGCGGACACCAAUGAUUACCGCUAUCAGGGCAGCACUGAUGCUGAAUGCUGCUUGCCAAAGUACUGUGAUUCUUACGAGACACAGCUCCCGCUGACCAAGUGGAAGCGCAAGGCCAGCGUCGGUUCGCUCGGCAGCACCGAUGCCGAAUGCUUUGAGAAACGAUUGUGUGUGGAGGAGGUUGACUGUCAAGCCUUGGGCGCCGGUGCCAACGGCCAGGGCUGCGCCCUCCAGGCGCUGCAGCUUCGACAGCGGCGGGAGGUGGAUCUGGAGACGCUGUGCUCCAAAGCCGAGGGUGUUUGUUCGCUGCUCUCCGGCGACCAGGGGCACUCGCUGACACUGUCCGACUUACGCAUGCUGCUGGCAGUGGCGCCCAGCACCUUCCAGGCCUACGCGGAGGCGGUGCAGCUCGAGCAGACAGCCAUGCAAGGAGAUCGUGUGCUUUGUGCCCAGCUGUGUCAGGUCACGGCGAAGUUCCUGGCAUCUCAGCACGUGGCCCUACCGCCUGGUCCAGACAUCGGCUGCUACCAGGAUCCUCAAGGUAAAGAUGUUUGUGAUGAAGAUCUUUCACCCCAGACCUUGGCCACGCGCUUUGCCGAUUCGGACUUGGAAGCAUCCCCGCAAGAGAGGCUAGGGAGGAGGAAGUCGACCGGCAGCCAUCGACGGCAGCGCAGCACCGUGCGCAUGGAGGAUCCGUACCAGCAUGGUUUCGAGGCCCUGGUGCAGUCCUACAGCUCCGAACUGGCCCUGCGCAUUAUGUACAUGUUCAGAGUCUACCCGCGUGCAUUCAACUCCUAUCUGGGGAGUCCUGAUGCGCAGCCAGAAGACUGGCAGAACAAAUUGGCCAAGUUCAACCUAGUCGCUCGCGUAUUCAUCAUGAAUGCCAUUCGAAACCUUCGUUUGCACCAAACUGUUUUUCACCUGGCGAAGUGGUUUGGGGACGAUGCGGUGCUUGAGCCCAAUCUGAAUGAGACGCGUGUGGAAGUGCUUCGGCUGCUCAACUCGGCCGUGCACGUGAUGAACACGGCCGAGUUCAUCUACAAUGCUUCCGCGUGUGUAGAUGACGCUUUUGCCUUUGUCUAUCCAUCUGCCUAUGACGGCGUGCCUGAUCUGGAAGACGCAUUCCGGAAGAAUCAGAAAGGGCAAUUCGUGGUGUACAUCUGUCCACUGACGCUUUACGCAGAGAGACUGGGGCUCCUAGCUGAUGCGAUUCAGACAUCUGUUCACGAAUCCUCGCACCACGCCGUUGCAUACACCGAUGACGUGGCGACUUGUGCUCAGUCCCACUACAUGUGGAUGGACGUUGCAGGCCUCCCGACCCUCGGUGGCUCAGCGUGCCCCGAGAACGCCGAGGGCCAGCCGCGCUUCUCUGUCAGCGGCAGAUCUUGCGAUGUGCCAGGAGCCGGAAUCUGGCAGAUUGCAAACAUCACGCGGCCAGCCUUUGCCAGAGGCCUCGAAGAGACUGCCCGCUGCCCUGCGAAUCUGGCGGAUCUGAAGACCGCUGAUGCUUGCAAGACAGCGGCGAAGUACCUGGGGGCCAUCUACAACGAUGCAGAAGAGGACGCUGAGUGGCCGCAGGGCUGCUACGAGAUUUCAAUGGGAAUGUUCCAAGGCGUCUACUUCAACACUGCGUCAAACGGCUCAGCCGUGGCAGGUACGCACCCGCUUUGCAAGACCUUGCCGCUGGAGGCGAAAGCAGUGGGCGGAGGCUGCCCGCCAAAGUAUUCGCUGACGAAGACAGGAGCCUGCACACUUGCGCUGCCAUUCGUCACAGCAGCAAAAGGAAGCAAGGCAUGCCCACUGAACACCGAGCACAUCGACAGGGCCAUGACGUGCCGGAGUGCUGCCGAUCUCUUGGGACUGACCUGGGAGGGCUCAGUCACGAGUCCAGAUUCACCCACGGGUUGUUCCGUGCAGGACGACCAGGUCACUUUCAAUGGCGAGGAGGGCACGGCGAAUAGCCUGGCAGCCCCGAUAUGCAAGCAGGAAUUCUCCUACAGCAUGUUUGACCCACGCGUCCAGUAUUACAUACAGUUGAUGCGCUUCUCUCAGACUGGCGAUGCAGCACUUUUCAAAGCCGUUGCAACGGAUUCCUCGAGCGACUACUGCUAUCUGGCUUAUGGCCGAUCAAUGUGCCAAGACUUGGCAAGGCAGGACCCAGGUAAAGCCAUCAUGAAUGCGGACAGCUUCGGCUACUAUGUCAUUGAUGCCGGCAGUCCAGAAACUCAUCUUGUCCAAAGUGGAGAACACGAUGCCUAG